CGCCAUUUCCAUUUGAAUGUUCUUACGUUUUGGAGUAAUCGAAACUUAUUGUAAUAUUAUUGUUGCCUUCGUAAUCUCAGAAUAUGUGAUACAUGUAAGAAAGUUGUGUUUUUGCUGUACUAAUGCGACUUUUGCAAAAUUUCAUAAGUGCCUGUAUUAAACAAUGCGUAUAAGCGUGUAUAUCAGAGAAGCUGAAAUGUCAACAUCUUAGAACUACAGCUGGAGACUUGGUAAUAAAGAUGAAUAUCGACGAUCCCAGUCCUCAUUUCAAUCGUCGAAAACAAAAUGAAGGAAUUAGGCUGCAUGUCUUGCCAUCUGUGAUGAAUGACUUGCUGAAAGAAGCGGAGGAGGUCUUCAAACAACAUGGAGAUUUGACUGAUGAGGCACUCAUGGCACUUCAUGCACUGUUUGGAAGGCCUUUUGAGAAAGCCUUGGAACUCCUUGAGGCAAGUUGUGUCACAUAUCUCCGUGCCACAGGGGGCAGGUAUGUUGUGCAGGUGACAGGCAGUUCUGGGAUACCGUACACAUUAUUCCCAGGUGUAAACUACUGUCCAUGCCCUGCGUACCGCUACCAGGUAAUUGGCACCCAGAUGUUUCUUACCUGCAAGCAUGUUCUAGCAGCACGCUUAGCUGAGAUAACACAGAAGGGACGAGAUCUGCCAGUCACCAUGGAGGACCUAACAAGAGUCCUGUGUGCUGCUGCUAAUCUUGAUAGGAAUGGAGUGAAUUGUGACCCCAAGCCUGCAGAUCUGAUAUGAUUCUCUGUCCUCUGUGUUUGUGUAUCUCAUUGAGACAAAAGAUCCAUCAUGUGUAAGGUGUGUUGGGUCACGUUUGGUGCAGGCCAGACUGGUAGAACUCAUGCUUGCUGCCUCACAAGAGAUGCACAUUUGGGUUUCAGUAACUGUCAUAAAAUUCUGUUAUUUGUUAAUAUAAGUUUGUUGUGUCAGUACACUGAAGAUUGUGCAAUAGGAAAAUUGUACCAAGAACUGCUUUAUAGUGAAUCUUCUCAACUAUUACACUUUAUAUUUCAGUAAACCCUUGCUGAUCUCAUUUAAUUUGGUGGGAGCGGUCACCCGGAUAGAGUGAUAAUCUAGAUUAGUGAAACCAAAGGUAGCCCUGAAAGCCAAAAAAUCUUAGAGAAGGCAAGUAAAUGGAAAGUUUAAUGAUAGAAGUAGUGCUGAUAAAAAUAAAUAAAAAAGUCUUUAUUUAAGAACUGUUGAGACAGUACGUGUAUUCAUUGAUAGAAGGCUCAGCAGUUGUACUUGUUUUUGAAUGUAAUAAUGCAAGUUAACUGAAACAGUAUUAGUGACAAUGUAUUGUAGUUGUUACAGAACAAGACAACCAUCAAGCCUAAUAUACCUUUGCUAAAAUGUUAAGUGCAUAUGAUCACCCUACAUGUUUCGGUCCUGUAUACUCAUCUUCAGUGGCUCAUAUAAUUGGAAGGUGAUUUCUUACUUAUACAUUUAACAUUAUAUUUAAGAAUCUAAAAAUUGUGUUAUAUACAUUUCUUCUGAAUACAGGAAGAAGCUGUGAUGGUUGUUGUACUUAUUCCUUCUAGGAUAUGUUAUUAAUUUGGUUUUAUGUAUAGUUCAUGUCAAAGGUUGAGUAGUGCUUGUUGCUAGUUUUUCUUAAAUCCCUUGCUACUGUUUGUGUUGAUGAUGUUCUGGGGCAGAUGUUGGUGACUUGGGUGCUAGACUUUUAUAUAUAAUUUUAAAUGUACAUGUAAAUAAUCUCAUUUUAUUACAUGAGCCUCUGAAGAUGGUCAUAUAGGACCAAAACAUGUAAGACAAUUCCAUUGACUCACUGUAUUAGUAAAAGUUUGGUAUUGUUGAUGAUUGUUUUGUUCUCUAACAAGGACUGUUAACAAUUUUUUAAGUUGUGCCAAACUUUUCCAGUUUCCACCCAUAUCUUUUCAUCCAUUCCAGAGACUGAUGUGUUAUGAUUGACACUACAAAUUUUCCUCUGCAGGUGGAUGGAAAUAUAUGAACAAUGGUAUUUUUUUCCUUGUUUCAGUAAUGCAUCAUUUGUCAUUUUGUGUGCUACCAUCUGCUAAUAAUUUUUGCAACUAUUUGAGAAAAUAUGUGCUAUGUGCACAAAUUAUUUUCUUCAACAUUAAGAAAAGAAACUCACUAUAUUUAUGUGAUUCAUAUAAUUCUCACAAUAAAUGGUGAUCAUUUCCAUAAA